AUGAAGACACGUCUUACAGCAGAGUCGAAGGCAAAGUAUUUUAAUGGGGAUGGCGAGGGAUUGCAAUAUAUCACUAGUACAACACAACAAGCAUAUGAGGCAUAUAGGAGAGGCCUCGUCGAGAAGUAUGGAGACGAUCCGACUCAGCAAAGAACUAAUGAUCCUGAGUUGUGGGCCGCCACACAGAUGCAGAGGCAGGGAGGGAAAGGCAAAGGUCGCAUCUAUGGGAUUGGAUCAUCUGAUCUUCAUUUUGCUGUAAGCGGGACAUAUUCUUUUGGGUCUACCUCGUCCUCGGCGGAACAAUCACAACAAGAGGUGCUAAGGUUGAGAGAGAAAAUGGAAAACAUGCAAAUCGAGAUGCAAGCUAAAUUGGAUUUGCAAUUGAAAGAAAGAGAAGCUGAAAUGGAUGCACGAUUUCAAAUAAGACAACAUGAAAUGGAUGUGCGACACGCUCAAUUAGAAGAACAAGUUGCGGUCAUUUUGAGAAAGUUGAACCCAUCGGGUAAUCCGCCUAAUAGUUCCUAGUUUUAUGAAUGUUAAACAUUAGAAAUGUAUUAGACUAUAAACAACCCAUCCGGUAAUCCGCUAGAUAGUUUCUAGCUUUUUGUGAAUGUCAGUGACAUUUUAUUUUGGCCGGUAAUCCGCUAGAUAGUUUCUAGCUUUUUGUGAAUGUUAGUGACAUUUAAUUUUGGCCGGU